AUGAAGUUCGCUACCGUCGCCGUAACGUUGGCCUCGACGGCCGCUGCUAUCGAGUGGCUCCCCAUCGUCCCCCUUCACGCCCGACAGGAGACUCCCGGCCCCAAGUUUGAGUGUCACGAGGAUUGCGGCUAUGCUAUCCUCGGUGCCGAUUUGGAGGGCUACUGCGACAAUUCGACAUGGGUCCAGCUUUUCGACGGAUGCUUGGACUGCGCUCUCGAGUUCGACAUCUGGAAACACUACGGCACCAGUGUGACUGAGGCUGCCGAGGAAUGCAACCUAGACGCGACACCUGUCGCUGCUUCCAACGAGACGGCGAGCGCAACCCCUACAGCAGAGCCGACUGCCGACUCGACAUCCACAGCUACCCCGACUGUCUCGGGAGAGUCGGCCACUUCUACCACCGAAGCCAGCGGUGCCGGCUUCAACCAGCCCGCGACGCUCGUCGUCGCCUUGGCGGCUAUGUUGGCUGCCACCCAGCUCAUGUAA